AUGUCAAAUCCUCCUUUUCAAAGGCAACCUCCUGGUUCACCCUUAAAUCAACAUAGUACAUUGGCUUCAAACAGUCAAAACUCAAAUAAUGCAUCUGGUUCUUCAUCAAACGCUCAUUCCAAUCUUUCUCCUCAUCAUGGUCAUCAUCAUUUUCAAACUUCAUCAAGAAAACCUUCGAUAGUGGAAUUAUUAAGUUCUCCUCCUCCUUUACCAGUUAAUCCUGCUGAUCAAGAUGAUAUCAAUCAACUUUCAUUAUCAAGAAACCCUUCUAUUAGUAGUCGUACUUCUUCUUAUCAAAAUAAUAAUAAUACUACUGGUGGCGGUAAUUUAAGUCAUCAUAAUUCUAUAACUGGUUUUGAUUGGAGUGAUAUACCUUUAAGUGAAUUAACUGAAUCAAAUAAAUUAAUUUCAAUUAAUUCAUCAUAUUCAGUUCAAAAAGCUUUUGAAACUUUAGUUGAUCAUUGUUUAACUUCAGUUCCUGUUUCAUUAAAUCAUAAUAAUCCGGAUGAUUUAUCAAAUUGUUUAACAUUUGAUUAUAGUGAUUUAAAUACUUAUUUAUUAUUAAUUAUGAAUAAAAUUUCUUUAAAUGAAUUAUCCAUUAAUGAAAUUAUUGAUAAAAAUAAUAAUAAUAAUAAUAAUAAUGAAUCAACGGCUAAAAGACAAGAAAUUUUAUUACAAACUAUUAAUAAAGCAAAAAGAGGUGAAGAAGUUCCAGUUGAAUUUAUUAUUAAAUUACAUCCUAAAAAUCCAUUUGUUCAAUUUACUGAAUCUGAUACUUUAUUUAAAGUUAUGGAAGCUUUAGGUAAUGGAGUUCAUAGAGUUGCUAUAACUGAUCCUCAAACUUCAAAAAUUACUGGUAUUUUAUCUCAAAGAAGAUUAAUUAAAUAUAUGUGGGAAAAUGCUAGAAGAUUUCCAUCAUUAGAUUUUUUAUUAAAUUCAACUUUACAAGAUUUAAAAAUUGGUUCUAAUACUCCAAUUACAAUUUAUGAAGAUCAAUUAUUAAUUGAAGCAUUACAUAAAAUGUUUGUUGAAAGAGUAAGUUCAUUAGCUGUUAUUGAUAAAUCAAGAUCAUUAAUUGGUAAUAUAUCUAUUGUUGAUGUUAAGAAUGUUUCAAGUUCAAAAAAUUCUCAUUUAUUAUUUAAAUCAGUAUUAAAUUUUAUAAGUUAUAAUUUAACUCAAAAAGGAAUUGAAGAAGGUCAAGAUCAAUUUCCAAUAUUUCAUGUUAAUAAUCAAAGUUCAUUAGGUCGAGUGAUUGCAAAAUUAGUUGCCACUCAAAGUCAUAGAUUAUGGAUUGUUGAAUCAACUAAUAGACAUUCAAGUAUUAUAGCGGCUAAUCAACCAACCACUAUAGAAGCAGCUUUAAAUCCAAGUAUAAGUAUAACCAAUUCAUCAUCAUCACCUUCAUCUACAUCAGCUGCUACAUCAGUUUCAUCAAAUAGUAGUACUGGGGGUGAUAUAAGUUAUGGAUUACCGGGAAAAUUGAUUGGAGUUGUAUCAUUGACUGAUAUAUUAGGAUUAUUUGCUUCAUCAAAAGGUACUAAAGUUGAUCCUCAAUUUUCAAGAAAUCAAAGAAGAAGAUCAUCAACUUCAACUACAAGAUCAAGUAUUGAUAGUGCUAUAAGUCUUGAUCCAACUAGAGGUCCUCCUGUUGAUAGUAGAUCUACAUUAUUAAAUACUUCAUCAAUAGCAUCUACAUUAGGUAGUGGUGGUAGUGGUACAUCAACCAAUACCGAUAAAUGA